AUGGCUCAUCUUGGUUCCCCUCUUGAUCAUCUUCAUCAACCAAUUGGUUCACCUCUUCUCCUUCCUCUUCACUCUCAGUCUCAUCACUCCUUCUUCAUUUGGAGAACCAUUUCCCUCCUCUUGAACAAGGUUCACUCCAAUCUCAAACUCCCCUUGCUCACUCUCACUACUAAUAGGGUCAUUCCUCUUCUUGGUUCUCCUUUCUCCCUCAAUCUCUCACUCUCAGACUUCCUCAGAGUAGACAUAUCCCUCUGCAUCAGAUUCUUCCAUCCUCUGAUCCAUCCUCUUCAAAUCGGCUUGCAUCUUAAGCCUUCUUUCCCUUGCAUUGCUUGA